UCUACGAGACUAAGCCAGGAUGCCUGCAGAGGAACUCUUAUCCUCCAGUGCCUUCUAUACUUGGCAUGUGUCAACAACAAGGAUGAGGUGACGGUGGUGGUGAUGGGGUUGGAGCAAAAAAAGUACUAUGCAUCUCCCACAACACAAAUAAAGAAGAUUCAGAAUCUCACUGUUGUGCUACGGUUCUUGAAAGAAGUGGAGAAAAUACAACUCAAAGGAAUAGCUGCAGGAGAUAUCCUGGAUGGAAACACAGAACAGACUCUCAAGCUGGUGUGGCUACUCAUACUCCACUACCACAUUGACUGCCGCUCCCAGCAGCACUCCUCGGAACCUGCCCUCCAGAGGAAAAAC